AUGAAAUGGUCCUUAUGUUUAGGCGCUGUUGCUAUCCUUCGCCAUCAAGCUAGUAUUGAUUUCGGCCUACUAAUGAGUGGAAAACUGACGCUAGUUGAGUUGGAACGUGUCCGAAAGUGCGUCAUUCCGGCCGCAAUCCGACUACCCCACUUCAUGGCAAAUCGGGAGCGCUAUAUGACUUCAUUGCGUCAAAUCGCCCGCAUCAAUGGCAUCCAGAUUCUACCAAAUGAUGUAAAUAGCCAAUCAGGAGAACAGCAGCCAUUUCGGCUACUUUCUAUAGUCCCAUCGAGCUGUAGCAAUAUGAAACCACCAGCAGCAGGAAUUACGGCUCGGCAGCUGAGGUCUAGCCAGAGUGUCACACGACCGUAUUUCGUCACGGAUAAUCCACCACCACUCUCCCUUCAGUCAUCCAAGCUUCUUCUACCAUUGUAUGCUGUUAAUGAAUAUAUUUCUUCGGCUGUGACGAUUCUUGAUGGCAUCGUAUACCAAUUAAGGUUUCGAAGAAAGUUUAUCAAUUCACUUGCACCCGGAUUCUCCAUCCAUCUGGCUCUACGUGGUCGGACCUGA